AUUCAAACUUAUCCAAAAAAGAAAUCGCUGGAUAUUUGUGUGCUGCCCCGAGGAACCAACUUAGCCGUGUCUAGAGCAGACGAGCUCACACACGAGGAAGCCAAGAAAUGGGCUCCGCUUCACUGGCGACGCAGCCUUCGCCGGCGGCGCUCCUCUCGUCCCUGCCCGCCCGCGGCCGCCGCCGUCUCCGCCUCUGCUCGGCUCCACGCGACUCUCGCAACCGCACCGGAAAACUCAGGGUUACCAUCAAAGCAGCCCAAAGUGGCGUGAACAAUGUAUCCGUAGAAACCCUUCCUGACAGUGAAGCAUCCGUGACCGGUGCUGCUUACGGCUUCAGAGGAGCAACAACAUCACUUACGAAUGAGAUCUUAACUUCAUCGAAGAAGAUUACUCUUGUGAGGCAUGGUUUGAGCACUUGGAAUGCAGAAAGCCGUGUUCAGGGAAGCUCAAAUCUGUCUGUGUUAACAGAAACUGGCGCCAAGCAGGCGGAGAAAUGUCGUGAUGCCCUUGCGAAUAUGAAAUUUGACGUUUGUUUCUCUAGUCCUAUCUCACGGGCAAAGUCAACCGCAGAAAUUAUAUGGAAAGGGAAGGAGGAGCCUCUUGUUUUUCUUGAUUCCUUAAAAGAGGCUCACCUAUUCUUUUUAGAGGGCAUGACCAAUGCGGAUGCUAAGAAGGAAUAUCCAGAGCUGUACACCAGAUGGAGGGAGGAUCCUUCAAAUUUCAAAGUCAAUGGCAUAUACCCAGUUCGGAAGCUAUGGGGAACAGCAAGAGAAGCUUGGAAGGAAAUCUUGCUUACUCCAGGAGAAAACAUGCUGGUUGUUACUCACAAAUCUAUUCUGCGGGCACUCCUCUGCACCGCGCUAGGUCUUCCUCCCGAAAGGUUUCGUUCUAUUGAUGUAAACAACGGUGGCAUGUGCGUCUUCACUGUGAACAAGCGAGGAGAGGCUAUGCUUCAAGCCCUUAACAUGACAGCACACAUGUACAGUGACCAUACCUAUCAAUUUUAGUUCUCUCUCCUUUUGGGGGGUGUGUCUGCAUUUCUAGACUGUAUAUUAGCACACAAACUUCAUUUUUGAAAUAGCAUGGAUAGGUUACACAAAAUGACCCUCUCAGAUAUAGAUGUGGAUGUGCGUAUAAACUGAGUUUUCUAAGGAUUAACCAAAGUGAUGCACUGAAAACAGAAAAUUUUUAACCAGUCUAAGCAAGCUAUGAUUAUCAUAUAACAUGCUUGCUCAAGUAUAAAAAGAGACUCAUUUCCAGAUUCCAUACAUGUUUUUGGAAAUGGAAAUCGUUGGUCAGAUUUUUCUCAGAAAUUUUGAAAACAGAAACGGAUUAGAUAUUUUUCUCGGAAACGGAUACGGUAAUUACAUUAUCCAUCGGGAAUCGGAAUCAGUUAGUAACUUUCUGAAAAUUUUCUUAGAAUUUUGGCAGGCCAUAUAUUGUAAAUCAACAAUAGCAGUCCAAAUAGCCCAGCCCAUUUCAGCAAGUUAACUUAAGUCCUUAACUAGUCAAG